UAAAGAAUUCUGUAUGCAAUUUAAAAAUAUUUUUUAAUCAAUAAAAUCUUAAUGAAAAUAUCUCAAAACGUAAAUUAAAGCUUAAAUAUUUGAUGUAUUAAUUCAUCUAGUUUGUUGAAAAUUGAGGGUCUGUGUAAUAUUCCGAAUGCGUCCCCGAGCGAAUUGGUUAAUGAAUGAAAUUGAUCGAAACAUCCGGUUUUUUAAAUCUGUACAUGCAAUGGAAUAAAUAUCAACAAUGCCAUGCGUAUGCCAUUACAACUGCAAAUGUUUUGUUUUUUUUCCUGGAUAUACUUUAGACUUUGGUUGACCAAGAUCAAGAUUCGGUUUCAUCACAAACACUGGAGGAAGCUUCUGUGGAAACAAACAAAGUCCAAUUUAACUUUGUGCAAACGUACGAACAAGAACUAAUUACCAACUGCAAUUCGGAGCCGGAAUCCUUUAAAGAUUUGACGGAAGAUGAACAAACUUUGGCUGAGGAAGAUUUUGAUUUACAGUUUGAUUCAUUAGCAGAUCUUUACAUUCCAACUGAGGUAGAGCACUCGACAGAUCGGGAUGCAGAAGAUAAUGAUGUCGAUUCAGAUCCACUCUAUCCUGGUGCUGCAGUGACAUUAGGUGCAUUUAUGCUGUUGCUUGCCAUAUUUACUACGAAGUAUAAUCUGAUUGGAGAGGCAACAGAACAACUUCUAAAGAUUCUGGCCUUAGCCCUUCCACAUGGUCAUAAACUUUGUACGUCAUUAUAUGAAUUUAAGUUAUUUUUCAAGAAUCUGAGGAAUCCACUUGUUCGCCACUACUACUGUAAUCACUGUGUUGGAUAUAUAGAUAACACCACAGUGCAAAGCUGUCCUUAUGAAUUUUGUAAAGCUCAAUUUAGUGUUAGAAAUGCCUCUUAUUUCAUUGAAAUGCCAUUAGAACAUCAAAUAAAAAAUUUAUUCGCUCAGAAAGGAUUUUAUGAGAGUUUAGGACAUAGAUUCAAAAGGAAAUCCAGUGAUAACACCUAUGAAGAUAUUUAUGAUGGGAAGCUGUACAAACAAUUAAGUGAAAAUCACGGAAUUUUAAGUUUUCAAGAAAACAUAUCAUUUACUUUCAAUACUGAUGGAGCUCCUGUUUUUAAAAGCAGCAAGACAUCUAUUUGGCCGAUUUAUCUUGUUAUUAACGAAUUACCAUAUAAGCAGCGGAUGCAGAAAGAGAACAUGAUAUUGGCAAGCCUGUGGUAUGGAAACAAAAAACCAUCAAUGGGGACAUUUUUAAAACCAUUUUUAAAAUCGCUACAGAAGAUGAAUGAAGGAAUCAAAUGUAUAUCACCUGAAAGAGGCCAAUUUCUGUGUAGAGGUCUCUUAUUAUGUGGAACAGCUGAUCUCCCAGCCAGAAGUUUACUUUGUAACCACGUACAAUACAAUGGAGCAUUCUCCUGUUGGAAAUGUGAGCAAGAAGGAGAGACAGCAUCUGUUGGGCGAGGCCAUGCAAGGAUUUUUCCGUUUCAAAGUGAAGAACCCAAAGGACCAGUACGAACAAAGGAAAAUGUGUUGGAAAAUGCAAGGACAGCAGUACAAGACCAACAGGUUGUAAUGGGAAAGCCAGUAAAAGGUAUAAAGGGACCAUCAUGGCUUUUCUUCGUGCCCCAUUUUAACAUUGUAUCUGGCAUUGCCAUUGACUACAUGCAUGGUGUCCUAUUAGGGGUGCAAAAGAUGUUGUUAGAAUUAUGGUUUAGUGAGAAGCACAAAGGGAAAGCAUAUAAUAUUUAUGACAGUGUUUGUGAAGUAGAUACCAGGCUUCAGAGUAUUAGACCUACUCUUGAUAUUUCUAGAUUACCACGAUCUAUAGAAAAAGACUUGAAAUAUUGGAAAGCAUCAGAAUAUAGAUCUUUUUUAUUAUUUUUUGGUGCUCCAGUUCUGCAUGGAAUUUUAGACAUGCAGCGAUUUUUUCACUUUCUUUUGUUGGUGGACUCUAUGCACAUACUUCUGAAAUUUGGGUCAAAUGAAAAAGAUUUAGAUAGAGCUGAAAUGCUUUUGUUUGAGUUUUGUAGGUGUUUAGAAGAGUUAUAUGACAGAUGUUUUUUAAGACUAAAUGUCCAUCAACUGCUUCAUUUACCAGAUUGUGUAAGGGAUCUUGGCCCUCUCUAUACCCACAGCUGCUUUUCUUUUGAAAGUAAAAAUGGGAUUGUUUUGAAAAUGAUCCGAGGAAGUCAGAGUAUUGAUACUCAGAUAAUAACUGCUAUAUCAUUUAUCCAAAAGCUACCUGAAUUAAAACAGAAAUGUGUCUUAGAAAAUUCGGAAGUUGAUAAAUUAUGCAAAACUAUUGAAGAGCCAUCUUUGCUUAAGAGGGGUCAGAAACUAGGGAGUGGGAUAUACAUUCUAGGUGCCCCGUACAGUAGAGUAUUGACCAAUGUUGAGACUGCUGCACUCCAAAAUUUCUUGAAAUAUGAUCAUGUGUGUGAUACAUUUAGAAGUUUUAACAGAGUAGAAUAUGAAUCAUAUAUAAUUUAUGGCACUGAAUAUUCCAGAAUGAUCAAAAGGAACAAUUCAGCAAUUUGUUACAAUGGAAUGAGUGGGAUUAGCUUUGGAGAAGUUAUCUUUUUUAUUUUGUUGGAAGACAACACUGCAGGUAUAACAAAACCUCUUGUAUUCAUAAAGAAGUUGCUAUGCAGAAAUUACAAUGAAAAUUCAAAUAUGUUAUCAGUUAUUAAAACAAAUGAUGUUGAAGUUGUAAAUAUAAAUGAUAUAUUGUCAAGCUGUUUGCUUGUUUCUUUUCCUGGAGGGCAGACCUCAUUCAUGUGUAAGUUUCCAAACAGGUUAGAGUCUGACUAAAAUGGUCCAGAACUAUGUGUAGAUCAUAGUGCAUGCAUUACAUAAGAUGAUGUUUAAAUUAUAUGCUUGUUAUAGCAUUAUUUUUCUCACUGAUGGUUUUAUUCUGUGUGUUAAUGAUGCAUUAGACAUUAUAAACUUAUUCUUGCAUAUUCCUAAAAUGAUUGCAAGCAGUGAUUCUUUCUUCUUCUGUUGAAUAAAUGUACAUAGACUGAUGCCCCUUGGCCUUAUAGCAUUCUGAUAAUGUUAGUGGAAAACAACAUUCCAAAAAUAAUAAAAAAAAUUCCAAGAAAUAAUCAGAUAAA